AUGGAAGGUUCCGACAUCAAGGAUCCUGAGCAGAUCUAUACCCUUUGCGUGCCGCCAGGCCAGUCCACCAUGUUUGUUCCCUGGAAAAGGCGCUGGAGGGAGCGACCGAUCUUUCGAGACAUCCAAGGGCGAGGCAAGAACUACGGAAAGGCACAGAAGCUCCUGGUUCGUCUCGGCCGCGCUCUGGGCUACGAGAAGCUUCUAGAGUGGUACGAUCUGCGCUGGGGAUCGGGAAUGAGGCUCAACAAGGCACUUACCGCCGAGGACCGUAACCAGAGCACGGGACAAACCCUCAGAGACUCGUCGACCUUCUUCAAGCUUUACGUGGUCGACCGACUAUAUCGAAGCCGGCUUCCAGAGAUCCGAUUUUCGCAUUCUGAGGGACGGCGAAGAAAUAGCCAGGCAGUCAAAGUAGAGUAUCAGCUUCCAGAACGGGCACGAAUCGCCAAGCUCCUCUUACAACUUGUCGAGGUCACCAGCAGCGAUAAGCUAUUCUGCAUUUGCAUGGAGCUUGUAAGGGCGCUGGCGGCUCUCUGCAAACUACAAGAACCUCCUCGACCGCGGCAACGCAAACAACCGGCGGAGAAGCCAAAGAAGCAGCCGCGCAAGGCUCCUUCUUCUGCACCAACAAAGUGCGUCCGGCCAGUCAUUGUCAGCGCGCUCGAAAACAGCCAUGUCCCCUGCGCAGACCACAGAGCCUACAUCCCUUGA